AUGGCGAUGAAAAAGCUGGAGCAUGUCUCCCAUGAAUGCCUGUUGACCUCGCCGGAGAUUCUUGAAAAUGUCAUCUGCAAUAUCUGUUACAAAGAUGAGCCUGUGGAGUUCGCUUGUAUCCCUUGUAACUUCGAUUUGUGUAAAGCGUGCUCCGAUCUACCUCCGCAAGUGUCUCAUGAGUUUCACUCGGAGCAUCCUUUGGAGUUUUGUCUCCGAAAAGUUGAUCAAGAACCUACACACAUCAUCUGCUCCUGUUGUGGGACUAUGUCUUCAGGGUCUUAUUACAAGUGUAAUGAUUGCGAAAUCUACCUUGAUCUGUCUUGUGCCCUCUUGCCGAGCAUUUUCAGGAGCUGGGAUGCUGAAGAAAAGCUCCAUUACAGCCACGCUCACUUGCUUAAGAGGUGUAGACCAGGUCCAGACGCGAGAGGUUCUUGUCUCUUGUGUGAGCUUCCACUCUCACCUUCGGCGAUAUGUUACGGUUGCCUUCAUUGUUAUUCCUUUGUUCACGAGUCUUGCCUUGAUUUCCCCAUAGAGAUUCAACAUCAUCUUGUACAUCCGGCACACCCUCUUAAGCGCUUGGACUACACUCAGAACUGUGGUCCUGGAAUCAAUUGUGCUGCGUGUGGAAACACGAUUGAUAGUGUCCCGAUUGGUUGUCUUGAAUGCAGAUUGUACCUUCAUAUGAGGUGUGCGGAUUCUUUGUUGCGAGGUCUGAUGCACAAGUCUCAUGAACACAUGUUGUUCUACAAAGCUGCCGGUGCUGGAAGCGUUUUUAUGCAUUUUACUAGCUGUGAACUAUGCGGUAAGGGAAGUCCGAUUACUCAGGUGGACUCGUAUUAUCACUGCCUAGAAUGUGGUUGGAAGAUUCACUUCGAGUGUCUUAGGAUACCUAAGUUUGUGGUACAGAAAAAUGUUCACAUUCAUCCACUUGUGUGCAAAAUAUUCCAUGUUGAGGAUGAUGAGGAUUUUUUAGAAUAUUGUGGUGUUUGUGAGACAAUGGUUCAUGUAGGACAUCAAGCUUAUUCCUGUGAAGAAUGCGUUUUUCUUUGCCACAUGGAAUGCCUUUUACGCAAGGAAGUAGCUUCACCAAUGUACUUAAAAGCUCUAUAUUCAAGUGGCAAAAACGUCGCAAAAGGAACAUGUGGAGAAGACUGUGAAACCAAGAAAUUGGAAAUCGGACGAAUGGAGGUUAAUGAUAUUGGCCAUAUUCAUGUGUUGAGACCGAAAUACAAGGACAAACAAUACUGCGAAAUUUGUAAAGAUAAAAUAUAUGGUAACCCAUGGAAAUGCGAGACAUGUGAGUUCCAAGCACAUGAUUAUUGUGCAGAGCUAGGGCGGCAACCAUCAAGACAUCGGCUGCAUUUGAACCAUGAUUUGACACUCUUGCCAAGUUACCCUGCAGGGGGUGGUGAUGAUGAUGAUGAUGAUGAUGAUGAUGAUGAUGAUGAUGGAUGGUAG